GCUGUAGGGUGGAUCUGCUAUUUUGUAUCAAAAGGAUCUGCUGCCACUGCUGAUUUAUAUGUGGUUACAUUGUUUGGGAUUUUCAGCGGAAAAAGAAAGAAAAAAAAAAUCCAAGCGAUAGAAAAGCCUAAUUUGUUACUAGUUGCUAUGGAUUGUACUAGCAGCUCAUGUGGGGGUAGUGAUCACAGACAGAUAGAGGAGAACAAGCCUUUGCUGGCAGAGAUGUCUGCUCCAGAAGGUGGUAAAAUGGGAGCUGUAUCCUGCAGGAGAUCUCUCCAGCAAUUUAAUGGGAUGAGGUACAAACUGCUGCAAGAAGGAGACAUUCAGGUGUGUGUAAUAAGGCACCCAAGGACCUUCCUGAGCAAGAUCCUCACCUCUAAAUUCCUAAGGAGAUGGGAACCCCAUCAUCUCAGCUUGGCAGAUAACAGCCUGACCUCUGCUACACCUACAGGGUACAUGGAAAACUGCAUUUCGUACAGCGCCAUUGAGGAUGUGCAGCUGCUCUCCUGGGAAAAUGCCCCAAAGUAUUGUUUACAGCUAACGAUUCCCGGGGGUACCGUCCUACUGCAGGCAGCAAACAGCUAUUUGAGAGAUCAGUGGUUUCAUUCCCUGCAAUGGAAGAAAAAGAUUUACAAGUACAAAAAAGUUCUGAGUAAUCCAAAUCGCUGGGAGGUUGUACUGAAGGAGAUCAGGACCUUGGUGGACAUGGCACUAACCUCUCCAUUGCAGGAUGACUCCAUCCAUCAGGCACCACUAGAAAUUGUCUCCAAGUUACUCUCAGAGAACAUACAUCUAACCACUCUGGAACAUGAAAGCAUUAUCGUGGCAAUUUCACCUCUUCUGGAAAACAAUCACCCGCCCCCUGACCUCUGUGAAUUCUUCUGCAAGCACUGUAGAGAGCGUCCGCGAUCCAUGGUGGUAAUUGAAGUGUUUACCCCAGUCGUACAAAGAAUCCUCAAACAUAACAUGGAUUUUGGGAAGUGUCCUCGUCUCAGGCUGUUUACUCAGGAGUACAUUCUGGCAUUAAAUGAAUUGAACGCUGGCAUGGAGGUGGUAAAUAAAUUUAUACACAGCAUGCACGGCCCUACAGCAAACUGCCCUCAUCCCAGGGUCUUACCAAACCUGGUUGCUGUCUGCCUAGCUGCCAUUUAUUCAUGUUAUGAGGAAUUCAUCAACAGCCGGGACAACUCUCCAAGCCUAAAAGAAAUCCGAAACGGCUGCCAGCAACAAUGUGACCGCAAACCCAAUAUCCCCAUGCGACUACUCCACACCAACCCAGACCUGGUGUCUCAAGAGGUCACAUCAACUGAGUCCCGACACAAGUCGGUUAUUGUCACAUCAAAUGAAAUCCUUGUGGAAGUAGAACGUAACAAUACAGUGAAUCAGAAGUUGAAAGCAAACAGCGGCAAUGACAGCGAACCCAACUUGAUCGACUGCCUGCUCAUCAGUCCGACGUGCAGCACUAUAAGCAUUGAGUUGAGCCCUCAAGCCGAACGAGUCCUGGGAUGCUAUGUGGAGAUACUGAAGAUGCUGUCAGACUACGAUGACUGGAGGCCUGCCCUGGCCAGUUUGCUGCAGCCUAUCCCAUUCCCCAAAGAAGCUUUGGCCCAUGAAACGUUCACAAAGGAGCUGAAAUAUGUAAUUCAGAGAUUUGCCGAGGACCCCAGGCAAGAGGUCCAUUCGUGUCUCCUAAGCGUCAGGGCUGGUAAAGAUGGUUGGUUUCAGCUGUACAGCCCAGGAGGAGUAGCCUGUGAUGAUGAUGGGGAACUUUUUGCCAGUAUGGUACGUGUCUGCAAUAACGUUCACAUUUUGAUGGGCUCCUGCUACAAGACGAAAAAGUUUCUGUUGUCGUUGGCUGAAAACAAACUGGGCCCCUGCAUGUUGCUUGCCUUGCGAGGGAAUCAGACUAUGGUGGAGAUUCUUUGUCUCAUGUUGGAAUAUAACAUCAUAGAAAACAAUGACACACAGCUGCAGAUCAUCUCUACUCUGGAGAGCACCGAUGUAGGGAAGAGAAUGUAUGAGCAGCUGUGUGACCGACAGAGAGAAUUAAAGGAGCUGCAAAGGAAAGGAGGGCCCACCCGUCUAACACUACCAUCCAAGUCUACAGACGCAGAUCUUGCCAGGUUAUUGAGCUCAGGCUCUUUUGGAAAUCUGGAAAACCUGAGCCUGGCCUUCACCAAUGUAACGAGUGCCUGCGCAGAGCAACUCAUCAAGCUGCCUUCACUAAAGCAACUCAACCUGUGGUCUACUCAGUUUGGAGAUGCUGGGUUACGGGUUCUGUCCGAGCACCUCACUACACUGCAAGUUCUCAACCUGUGUGAAACCCCUGUCACAGAUGCUGGCCUACUCGCACUGAGCUCUAUGAAGAGCCUCUGCAGCUUAAACAUGAACAGCACCAAACUGUCAGCUGACACCUAUGAGGAUCUCAAGGCAAAGCUGCCAAACCUUAAAGAGGUGGAUGUUCGUUACACAGAAGCCUGGUGACUCUUCGCUAUCAUUGAAGAUCACUUUUUGAUGCCACUUUGGCCGUUCAGAAAACUGUAGAGGAAGAAACUAUUUGGACUAUGAUCUGUGUUUUUUGAUUUAGGUCAUUUUUUUAUGUAGGGAGGUUAAACUCAUCCUGCCUGAUAAACCGCUUCAAAAUUAAUCUAAUUUAAUUAUCGGAAAAGAAAAAAAGACUUUGUAGCUGCAAGAAGCUUAUAAAGAGGAAGAAAAGAAAAAAAAAAACUUUGUGGAUUUUUAUUUUUUUUUAUUUUGCCUAAGUGUUCAUGCUGUGUGGGGACAAAACAAUUUUAGAAUGCAUAUGUUUAUGUAUUUUUAUUUUUUUUAAUUCAGUUUGAUCGAUGGACUUAUAUUAAGAAGCUCCUGCUUUUUACUUUUUUUCGCUGCAAACAAGAAAGAAAUCGCAAGCCCAUAUUCGUUAACAAGAAAGAUUGUCCUGUUUCUUGCACCUUCUUCUGCAAAUGUUCUGCAAAGUCAUAUUGUUGUACAUAAAAUUUACAUAAUUCACCUAUUUAAAAAAAAUGGUUCACAUUCAGCAGGUCUGGGACCUGCUUUUUAUUUAUAAAUUGUUAAUUUUUUUUUCCUUUUUUUUGCAGAUAGAACUGUACAAAGUAGUUUGUCGCUGUCUUGUUGAUUGUAUUAUUGUAUGUGUAUUGUUUUGCUUUGGUUUCAGAACAGAAAGCUCUUGAAUAAAUACCAUGGUUAAAAAGUA